AUCCAAUGGCCGAUGUAUUUUUCGUGCUGGGGUGUCAUUAAACAUUCAUUCAUUCCGACGGUCCCGACAUGAAGUAUGCAGAUACACGAAACAAAAACAAAGGGACGUAAUUCUCUCUCGCCAAAUAACCUUCCAAGUGAACUUUGGAAGAAAAGGAAAACAACAUCAAGUGCACGGUGGUAUGUUUCACUGUCCAGUCUUUGGUACCGCUCAGAACAGACUUUUAUACUUAAAAAAAUACUAGGAGUCCGUUAUGGCAGCCGUCCUGAAAAACUGGCGCGAAGCUGCAACCUUGAUUCUCGUAACAGCAAAACACACAGGUAAACAUAAUAUACGAUUCACACCGCCGGUCACCAGUUCGUCGGCCAAAUCAAGGGGAGACAACCUCGAGGUGCUUAUGCUCAAACGGAGCAGCAAGAGUAGUUUCAUGCCAAACGCCUACGUGUUUCCUGGAGGAGUCGCCGACGACGCCGAUUUCUCGGAAGAAUGGCACGACGUUUUCCGUGUCGUUGGAAAAGAAAAAACUUCGGCAUUAUUCGAAUUCGUCAGAAGAGGAAGCCCAGCUUGUCCCAUAUUUACCCGAGUUCGAGACUCCCGAUUUUCUACCAUUCCCGCUGAAAUAGCACUGCGAAUCUGCGCCAUCAGGGAGACAUUUGAGGAGUCGGGGGUUUUGUUAGUCAGACAGAUAUCGGAUCUGAAGAUGAUGUCAUCAGAGGCUUCGUUUGGGACCCGGGGCCCGUUGUGGGGCUCAGUCUGUACAGACUCUACGAUCAUUGAAAGAUGGAGACGAGAAGUGGACGAGGACGCUACCAAGUUUGUGAAGAUGUGUAAAGACCUGGAUGUCGUGCCCGACGUCUGGUCUCUGCUGGAGUGGUCCAACUGGUUGACUCCCACCACGGAACGGCAAAGGAGGUUCGACACGGCCUUCUUCAUCUGUUGUUUACCAGAGGAGGUCCAUGUAGCAGAAGAUAAAGGAGAAACCGUCCAUUCAGUGUGGGACACUCCACUGCAGCUGCUGUACGAAUACCAGAUGGACAAGGCCAAGCUGUGGCCUCCACAGGUGUACACUCUUUCCGUCCUCGCCAACUUCCAACACGUUUACGAACUUCGUCAGGUUCUGUUUGACAGGUUGCCAUGGCGAUCAGAGAGAUGGAUGCCAGUUAUGGCCACGUGUGAUGACGGGAUUUUAAUGAUGUUGCCGGGCGACGAUUCGUAUCCGGAAGAUCCUUAUGUUGAAGGAGAUGGAAACGACGACCUCACUUUCUCAGGGACCAUGGAGGAACAGACAAAUAAUACCAGAAACCACAACCGAGCACAUGGUUAUAUGACAGAAGGCGGCAAAUUGAAGUACCGUCUCUUUUGUAACAUUGACUAUGGGGACCGCCGUCUGUCACCGUUGAGGGGCGAGGAUCUAAAUACUGCUUUAAAGACUCAACGGCCUUCCAAUGCAAAACUCUAGUGACCGUUAGAAAUUUCUUUUUUAGAAAUUUUAAAUGUGUAUACUCAUAUUCAAAGAUAAAUCGUCCAAUGAAUUGUGUGUUUCUGAUCAAAUAAAAAUAUAACUUGUU